UUUCUCCAUCCAGAUGCAGUUGUUGGAUGCCACAGCAGUACCAAACUGAGAUUAGGUGGGGGGGGGGCAACGUGUACCCUGUAGCGUACAGCUGUAGAGCAUCAACAAGCCUCUCCAAAACUGUCACACGUGUCUUGUACCGCUCCGAUUCUGUGCUUUUUCCGAUUCAUUUGCUCCUUGAUUCCUUCACGAUGGAAGGGAGGUGAUUCUCCUCGCCGCCAUUUUUAGGGGAACUGCCUAUUGAAGAGAGAAACUUUGACGUUAGCAGCUAUCUAGUUGGCCAGUAGCUUGCAUGCCUACCAGUUCGUUGUGACUGCUAACGCUUGGCAGUCGUUAGCCACAGCAGCUUGCUUCACGUUGGUAUAAAUUAUCCCUGCGGCCGACCAGUAUACAUGACAAAGACAACGGUUAUUGCUAAAGUGAACAAUAUAGAUAGAAGUCAGUGUGAUCGUUGGGCAGUGCAAUUGUGCGGCUAGAUUAGCAUUGCUAAUUUAUAGCUAGUGAGUUCACACUUUGAUUUCUCUGGACUGCAAUACCUCGUCUGUGAUUGAGCGUCAGCCACUUAACGUUACUCUGCGACUGGAUUAACCAGCCGUUUAUACACCAUUUCGCAACCUGUGUGGAUUCAUUUUAACCGGGUGCCCAUGUGCUGGUUCCUUAGUCCCAUCCAUUACUGCAGAUGAAUCUUCAGCUGCUUUGGUGUAGCUCAGCACCCAGAUAGUCCCAUCCCCUUUACGUGGGUGACAAGGGACUACAUUAACCAGGAUGCCCUCCUCUGUAAGGGCAGGGAGCCUGAAGGAUCCGGAUGUGGCUGAGCUUUUCUUCAAAGAAGACCCAGAGAAGCUUUUCUCUGACCUCCGAGAGAUUGGCCAUGGCAGCUUUGGCGCUGUCUACUUUGCACGGGAUGUACGCACAAAUGAAGUGGUGGCAAUUAAAAAGAUGUCCUACAGUGGCAAACAGUCUAAUGAGAAAUGGCAGGAUAUUAUAAAGGAGGUGAAGUUUCUCCGGAGGAUCCAGCACCCCAACAGUAUAGAAUACAAAGGUUGUUACCUCCGUGAGCACACAGCAUGGCUGGUGAUGGAGUACUGUCUCGGCUCAGCCUCCGAUCUGCUAGAAGUUCAUAAAAAACCUUUACAAGAAGUAGAGAUUGCAGCCAUUACACAUGGUGCUCUGCAAGGGCUGGCCUACCUUCAUUCCCACAAUAUGAUCCACAGGGAUGUGAAGGCAGGUAACAUUCUGCUGACUGAGCCUGGGCUGGUCAAACUGGCAGACUUUGGCUCUGCCUCCAUUGCCUCACCUGCCAACUCCUUUGUGGGAACGCCAUAUUGGAUGGCCCCGGAGGUCAUUCUAGCUAUGGACGAGGGCCAGUAUGAUGGGAAGGUGGAUAUCUGGUCCUUAGGGAUCACCUGUAUAGAAUUAGCGGAGAGGAAGCCUCCCUUGUUUAACAUGAAUGCAAUGAGUGCCUUAUACCACAUAGCGCAGAAUGAGAGCCCCACACUGCAAUCCAGUGAAUGGACGGAUUACUUUAGAAACUUUAUUGAUUCUUGCCUUCAGAAAAUCCCCCAGGACAGACCACACUCUGAUGAUAUGCUGGGUCACGCAUUUCUGCAGCGUGAACGUCCGGACUCCGUGCUGAUGGAUCUUAUUCAGAGGACCAAGGAUGCAGUGCGGGAGCUUGACAACCUGCAGUACCGCAAGAUGAAGAAGAUCCUCCUUCAGGAGGCCCACAACGGACCCACAGCAGAAGCCCAGGAUGGAGACGAGGAGCUGGAGCCGGGCGGAGGUCGGACAGGAACGGUGAACAGUGUCGGCAGUAAUCAGUCCAUUCCCAGCAUGUCCAUCAGCGCCAGCUCCCAGAGCAGCUCUGUCAACAGUCUGAACGAAGCAGCCCAGGACAGCCGCAGCGAGCUGGAACUGAUGGAGGGAGACCACACCGUCAUGUCCAACAGCUCCGUCAUACACCUCAAACCGGAAGAAGAGGAGAGUUUCUCUGGGGAGCAGGCAGCCAACAAUGAACCCUCUGAGCCCCAGCCAACACCAGCUCAGCCCCCGAGGAAGCACUACCGCAACAGAGAGCACUUUGCCACCAUACGCACAGCGUCACUCGUGACCCGUGAGAUGCAGGAACACGAGCAGGACUCGGAGCUGCGGGAGCAGAUGUCAGGAUACAAACGCAUGAGGCGGCAACAUCAGAAGCACCUGAUGGCCCUGGAAAACAAGCUGAAAGGGGAGAUGGAUGAGCACAGGCUGAGGCUGGACAAAGAGCUGGAGAGUCAGAGGAACAACUUCACCCAGGAAAUGGAGAAGCUGCUCAAAAAACACCAGGCUGCCCUGGACAAAGACCUUAAGACGUUUACCAACGAUGAGAAGAAGUUCCAGCAGCACAUCCAGGUGCAGCAAAAGAAGGAGCUCAGCAGCUUCCUGGAGUCACAGAAGCGGGAGUAUAAACUUCGCAAGGAGCAGCUCAAAGAGGAACUGAGCGAGAACCAGUCGACUCCUAAGAAAGAGAAGCAGGAGUGGCUGUCCAAGCAGAAAGAGAACAUCCAGCACUUCCAGGCGGAGGAGGAGGCCAAUCUGCUGAGGAGACAGAGGCAGUACCUGGAGCUAGAGUGUCGGCGGUUUAAACGUAGGAUCCUCAUCGCCAGACACAAUGUGGAGCAGGAUCUUGCUAGAGAGGAGCUGAACAAACGGCAGACACAGAAGGACCUCGAGCACGCCAUGCUGCUCAGACAUCACGAGUCAAUGCAGGAGCUGGAGUUCAGGCAUCUGGGGACGAUCCAGAGGGCGCGGGCAGAGCUGAUCCGGACUCAGCACCAGACAGAGCUCACCAACCAGCUGGAAUACAAUAAGAGAAGGGAGAGGGAGCUGAGGCGCAAGCAUGUCAUGGAGGUCCGACAGCAGCCCAAGAGCCUCAAGUCUAAGGAGCUUCAGAUUAAAAAGCAGUUCCAGGAGACUUGUAAAACCCAGACCAGGCAGUACAAGGCCCUCAGGAACCAUCUGCUGGAGACCACGCCCAAGGCUGAUCACAAGGCUGUGCUCAAGAGGCUGAAGGAGGAGCAGACCAGGAAGCUGGCCAUCCUGGCCGAGCAGUAUGACCACUCCAUUAAUGAAAUGCUCUCUACGCAGGCUCUGCGGUUAGAUGAGGCUCAAGAGGGGGAAUGUCAGGUUUUAAGGAUGCAGCUGCAGCAGGAGCUGGAGCUGCUCAACGCCUACCAGAGCAAGAUCAAGAUGCAAACAGACGCUCAGCACGACAAGGAGAGGAGGGAGCUGGAGCAGAGGGUCUCUCUGCGGAGGGCUCUGCUUGAGCAGAAAAUUGAGGAGGAAAUGCUUGCGCUGCAGAACGAGCGCCUGGAGCGAAUCCGCUCACUGCUGGAACGCCAGGCCCGAGAGAUCGAGGCUUUUGACUCGGAGUCAAUGCGGCUGGGCUUCAGCAACAUGGUGCUCACUAACCUGGCUCCCGAUUCCCAGGGAGGCUGGGGGGGAGGAGGUGGAGGUGGCCAGGGGGCUCAGGGUGGAGGCCACUGGCCUGGUGGAGGAGGCGCCCACCAUAGUCAUCACCACCAGGGGGGCUCCAACUCACAGCAGCCCUGGGGUCACCCCAUGCUGGCUGGGGGCCCGCCACCCUGGAGCCUCCACCACCCUGGAGGAGGGAAUCAGAGGGGUAGCGCGGGAGGCGCAGGAGGGGUGAGGAACAGUCCUCAGGCUAUGAGGAGGACGUCAUCGGGGGGGAGAAAUGAACAGGGCAUGAGCAGGAGCGCCAGCAUCACCUCUCAGAUCUCCAACGGAUCCCACCUGUCGUACACCUAGAACACACACACACACACACACACAAGCAACACGAUAAUUGUCUUAAAGUCAAAUUCUUGUGCACCGAGGUGACGCUACACAGACACGCACCAUGCAUGCACCACACAUACUUCACAUACACUUAUUUCCCACAGUACAUCUAACACACACUACACAGUGCUAAGACUGGGUUUACCUCAGCCCAGUUUCUCUCCAUCACCACUGCUCUCUUACAUCAGUGUACUGCUAGCAGCAGUCUGUGGAAACCCAGAAGUCUUGAGACUCAUCCAAGAUGGCUGAGGGCCAUAUACAGAAAGCCACAGUGCAAUAGUGUCAUUUUUACUGUAGCCUUCAGUGCUGUUUUUUGUGUUUUGCCAUGUUAGUCUCUGUUGCCAUUGACCCAAAGUAGUAUAAUCAUAUUAUCUACCAUGGAGUUUAUUAUCAAGAGUUUGUUUUGCAAUAUGCGGUUUAAUACACUUGGGGUAAAUCUGACGCUUUUACAAUACGGUGCAUUGUGGGAAAAUUUGCAUCCAGUGUGCAAUUUUUAGAAUUACAUUUAAAAAAAUGUGUUACCUCAAAUCACUCACAGCUCAAGAUUUAAGCACAGACAUCUUACUGAUAGAAAGUGUAAUGAGAUUGUUGUUUAUGUGCAGUUACAGACGAAUGAGAAGGCAGGUGGUAAUGUAGGGGUAUGACUUAAGAUUAAAGAACAGACAGUUUCAGAACAAAUUGGGACAGGUCUAGAAGGAUCAUGAAAACAGAACAAAGGUUGUUGUAAGUGAGUACCAGUGGGUAUCUCUGAUUUUAUAGUAGUAGCACAGGGACGCCCAAAGUGUCACGAAUGGCUAAAAGUAUGCAAUCUUUCAUUUCAGCCUAAGUGACUUAACUGAGAGGGUUAUUCUCCACCAGAGGGGAAAUCUAACCAGUGAAAUCACCUUAUGCAAUGUUUUAAUGAUAUGAGUAGUUAGGAGUUUUUGUGUACUCUGAGCAGGACUACAAAGAUGCCAAAGUUAAGGGUGCACAGUCAGAUCCAUGCCAACAUACUGUUACGUAUUUAAUGAGAUUGUGCCAGAGAUGUCAGUGGAAAUUCAGGUAAUACUAUGUGGCCAAGUUAGAUGCAUGUGUUGCUGGAUGGAAGGAGAGAAGGGAGUCAUUUCUUGCGCAUCCUCAUUGUCUCAGCUCUUGGGUUUCCACAGACCUCUGCCCACUCUUUACUCACGCCUGCCCAGUGAACAACCAGUCUGAGGGAUACUGUAGCCUUAUUAGUCCACAGCCGUUGUAACAGGGAUGGGUUUUCAGCAGCAUCUAACCUCUACUUGAAUAGUAUCAAAACUAAUGUUCACUCCUAAAUUGUUUGCAGUAAGUUUCUGGUCUAAUCUGGCCCUGUGUUGGUCCGUGAAAGCGAUGCACGACGCAGUAAAAAAAACCUUUCUCUGACAAAUAGAACCAUGCCUGUUGGUCUACCUCAAGAACAUUCGAGCAGAGUUUCACCACAGGGUGUCGUGAUUAACAAUGACAUGCGCUUUGGCACAGGCCUUUACCCAACAAUGAUCAGAUUCACAUGCACGCACACACAAACACACACACACACACAUGCAUAUAAUAGUUACAGAUUUUUUAUUCCCCAGUGAAACAGUAUGUCCCUUUGCCCACUUGGUUGAUGGAUGCAUGUACAUGGGUACAUUUUGUGAAAAUGGGAUUGGGACAUAAAGGUGCUUAAAAAAAAGAAGAAAAAUAACAUACUCAGCAGUUGUUUGUUGAGUUGGCUACAAAUGAGCAACACACUCGGCAGCAUUUGUGCCGGCUCAACAAAUCCAUCUUAGUUGCUUAAAAAUGUCCCUGUGUGUUUUUAAU